UGCACGCCGCGUCCGGGGCGCGCCCGCCCCUCGGCUUCGCGGGCUCAUUAGCAGUCGCCGUGCGCGGCGGGCUCGGCGCGGGCUCACAAAGAGCUGCGGCGGCGCCUGGCGCUCGGCCUCGCCGGCGGAGCCGGAGCCGGUUUUCUGCAUAUUUAAGCGUUGAGCCAUCGCAGAGUCCCGGAGUGUCCUGCAGACCUGGUGAGAGGCGUCUUGUGCCUGGAGAUUCCCGAAAGAUUUGAUCACCAGGAGGUUUUUCGGGACAUUACCAAACCAUUCAUUUUUGUGGCUGCCUCCAGGUGAUGAUGGCCGUCUGAGUACCCACCAUGGCCCACCGGAGCCGUCCGAGCACUGCCAACAGCAUGCUUGACCACAGGGCCAGGCCAGGCCCCACGCCCCAUGACCAGGAGCCUGAGAAUGAGGACGUGGAGCUGCCCCUGGAGAGCUACGUGCCCACGGGCCUGGAGCUGGCCACCAUGAGACCCGAGAGCCCCACGCCUGAGCAGCAGGAGUGCCAUAACCACAGCCCCGAUGGGGACUCCAGCUCUGACUAUGUGAACAACACCUCCGAGGAGGAGGACUAUGAUGAGGGCCUCCCCGAAGAAGAGGAGGGCAUCACCUACUACAUCCGCUACUGUCCAGAGGAUGACAGCUACCUGGAGGGCAUGGACUGCAAUGGGGAGGAGUAUGUGGCCCACGGCACACACCCUGUGGACACCGAUGAGUGCCAGGAGGCCGUGGAGGAGUGGACAGACUCUGCAAGCCCGCACCCCCUCAGCCAUGGGGCUGAAGACAGCCAGGAUUACCCAGACGACCACCUACCCAUUCCGGAGGAUGAGCCUUCUGCCUUGGAGGCCCAGGACCAGGAAGAAGGUGGCCACUACUGUCCCAGCAAAGACGGUUACCAGGACUACUACCCCUCGGAGACCAACGGGAAUGCAGGCAAUGCCUCCCCCUACCGCCCCAGGCGCGGGGACGGAGACCUGGAGGACCAGGAGGAAGACAUUGACCAGAUCGUGGCUGAGAUCAAGAUGAGCUUGAGCAUGACCAGUAUCACCAGCGUCAGUGAGGCCAGCCCUGAGCACAUGCCCGAACUAGGGCCCGGGGACUCCACGGAGGCCUGCGUGCCUGGGGAGGCCAGCCACGGGCCCAAUCGGCAUGAGGCCAGGCCCAAGUCACUGAACCUUCCUCCCGAGGCCAAGCACCCUGGAGACCUCCAGAGAGGCUUCAAAACCAAGAUCAGGACACCAGAGGAGAGGCCAAAGUGGACACAGGAGCAGGUUUGCAAUGGCUUGGAGCAGCCGAGGAAGCAGCAGCGUUCUGAUCUCAAUGGACCCAUGGACAAUAACAACAUCCCAGAGCAGACAAAGAAGGUAGCAUCAUUUCCAAGUUUUGUGGCUGUUCCAGGGCCCUGUGAGCCGGAGGACCUCAUCGAUGGGAUCAUCUUUGCUGCCAACUACCUGGGAUCCACCCAGCUGCUCUCUGAACGCAACCCCUCCAAAAACAUCCGCAUGAUGCAGGCUCAAGAGGCCGUCAGCAGGGUCAAGAGGAUGCAAAAGGCUGCUAAAAUCAAGAAGAAAGCGAAUUCCGAGGGGGACGGCCAGACCCUGACGGAAGUGGACCUCUUCAUCUCGACACAGAGGAUCAAAGUUUUAAAUGCAGACACGCAGGAAACCAUGAUGGACCAUGCCUUGCGCACCAUUUCCUACAUCGCCGACAUCGGGAACAUCGUGGUGCUGAUGGCCAGACGCCGCAUGCCCCGCUCAGCCUCGCAAGACUGCAUCGAGACCACACCCGGGGCCCAGGAGGGGAAGAAGCAGUAUAAGAUGAUCUGCCACGUGUUCGAGUCGGAGGACGCCCAGCUGAUAGCCCAGUCCAUCGGGCAGGCCUUCAGCGUGGCCUACCAGGAGUUUCUGAGGGCCAAUGGCAUCAACCCCGAAGACCUGAGCCAGAAGGAGUACAGCGACAUCAUCAACACCCAGGAGAUGUACAAUGAUGACCUCGUCCACUUCUCCAACUCCGAGAACUGCAAGGAGCUGCAGCUGGAGAAGCACAAGGGGGAAAUUCUGGGCGUGGUGGUCGUGGAGUCGGGCUGGGGCUCCAUCCUGCCCACUGUGAUCCUGGCCAACAUGAUGAAUGGAGGCCCGGCUGCCCGCUCCGGGAAGCUGAGCAUCGGGGACCAGAUCAUGUCCAUCAAUGGCACCAGCUUGGUGGGGCUGCCUCUCGCCACCUGCCAGGGUGUCAUCAAGGGCCUGAAGAACCAGACACAGGUGAAGCUCAACAUUGUCAGCUGUCCCCCUGUCACCACCGUCCUCAUCAAGCGACCGGACCUCAAGUACCAGCUGGGCUUCAGCGUGCAGAACGGAAUCAUCUGCAGCCUCAUGAGAGGGGGCAUUGCUGAGCGUGGUGGGGUCCGUGUUGGCCAUCGCAUCAUCGAGAUCAACGGACAGAGUGUGGUGGCUACAGCGCACGAGAAGAUCGUUCAGGCUCUGUCCAACUCGGUCGGGGAGAUUCACAUGAAGACCAUGCCUGCCGCCAUGUUCAGGCUCCUCACCGGCCAAGAGACCCCACUGUACAUCUAGGCCCACCCCGCCUCUGCCAUGGAGCCAGGGAUGCCAGCAGGCCUGCCUGCCCACCACCGGAUGCCAGGGAAAAGCCCUGACCCCUGGCCCCACAGCCCAGCCAAGGACACUGGCUCCCCCAGAGGGCGUGCCCUUGCCACCCAAUUUGGGGCCUUUUUGUUUGAUUUUUUUGUUUGUUUGGGGGGGUUGCCAAAAAGGAGUAUGUCUAUCAACAGAGAGUCGCAGGAACAAACCUUUGUAAAACAUUCAAGUAUUCCGCCACCUUCGGCACUGUUUCUCAUUUUGACUGGCAAAGGGUAUUCCUGGGUCCCUCUGUAGGGUCUAGUGUGUGUUGCUCCUCCCUGAAGCUGUAGAGCUCAACUGUGGGUCCACCCAUGCGGCCGUGAAGGGAGCGCUGAGGGACACAGCUCCCAGGCAGUGGUGGGGAGCUUCUACCCUGACCAGGACGCCCAGGGUUCUGCAGGGUCCCGGAUGGUCCCACACAGCCAACUCUACCACGGCAACCCCAGGAGAAUGGAUGUGUCCAGAUCCCAGGAUGAGACUUGUGCUGACAGUGUGGGGACAUGUGAUGGACUGUAUUCUCCUAGAAAGGAGGUGUUCCUGAGUCCAAUAAAGGUUCAUGGUCAUGACAACACAACUCCAUAUUUAUUUAGAGGAUAUUACCACGUGGACUUUUGUUUUGGCAAGCUACUCUUCAGACCUUUGGGGUUUUCCAAUGACCCGUGACCAACACCUGCUUCUCCUGUCCUGACCUGUUCUCUGCAUCACCUGGGUCUCUGAACUUUCCCUGCAACCCACCCUCCCCACCCCACCGAUUCUCCACGGUGGGGCUCCCCACAGGGUGGGACAUGGUGAUUCUGCUGCCAGGACACAGACAGUGGUCUGGGCAUCUCUCCCUCUUUAGAGCCUAUACACAUGUGUGCACACACAUACACACACACCCCAGAAAACUUGACCUCUGACCUUCCUGAGGCCACCAGCUGUAAACGCAAAUUCCUUGGCAAGCCGGGCAUCUGUGUGAUGAGCAGUAUUAGAGUUUGUAUAGAUCACGGGACACAUGGUCUGGUUCAGCUCAUCAGAGCUCAAUGUUCACUGGUGUCAUUUUGUCUGAAAGUCUCUCUCUUUGGCCCAGGCCUUGAAGAAUACACUGUGACUUAAGAAGCCUUACCACGCAGUAACUAAAGCUUUAGGGUACUGUGCUCGAGGAGUAACCUGUGUGUUGCAUGCUGCUGACCUUAGGAAGACUUCACACAUAUCACUAAUAAACCUGAAGUCAUGGAGAACCGA